GCCCGGUGCCAGCAGCACCAUGGAGAACCUGGAGAAGCAGCUGAUCUGCCCCGUCUGCCUGCAGAUCUUCUCCAAGCCGGUGGUGAUCCUGCCCUGCCAGCACAACCUGUGCCGCAGGUGUGCCGGCCACGCCUUCCAGACAGCCAACCCUCUGUGGUCUCAGCCUCGCAGCCCCUCCAGCAUCACUUCCAGCAGCGGCCGCUUCCGCUGCCCGUCCUGCCACCACGAGGUGGUCCUGGACCGCCAUGGAGUCUACGGCCUGCAGAGGAACCUGCUGGUUGAGAACAUCAUCGACAUCUACAGACAGCAGGAGGCCUCCAGGCUUGUGAGCAGGAAGCAUCAGCAGCUGAUGUGUGAAGAACACGAAGAGGAGAAGAUCAACAUCUACUGCCUGUCCUGCCAGACGCCCACCUGCUCCAUGUGCAAAGUGUUCGGACAACACAAAGACUGCAGCGUGGCUCCGCUCGGCACCGUCUACAUGAGGCAGAAGACGGAGCUGAGUGAUGGGAUUGCAGUCCUGGUUGCCAGUAACGACCACAUCCAGGAGAUGAUCUCUCAGAUGGAGGAAAUCUGCCUCAGCAUCGAGGAAAACGGGCGCAGUCAGAGAGAACACAUAGCCGAGCAAAUGGACCGCCUGGUGAUGUUGUUGGAGGAGAGGAAGCAGGAGCUGGUCGGGUUCAUCUCCAGGCAGCAGGACGACAAAAUGAGACACAUCCAGGGCCUGGUGUGUCAGCUGAACACUCGGCUGGAGGCCUCCGCCACGCUGGUGGAGCUGGCGAUCCGGUCCAUGGAGGAGACACGCCAGGCUUCGUUCAUCCAGAGUUCAACGAUCAUCCUGGAAAAGAUGGCCGAGGUGAGCAGGACCUCUCGCCUGGAGCGACUGGAGAUCGGGUACGAGAGCCUGGACCACUUCACCAUCGACACGGAGCACAUCUCUGACCUUCUGAAGAACAUGAACUUCUGCUUCUGUUCGGGGGAUGAAGAAAACCUGGAGGAGGAGGAGGAGGAGGAGGAGGAGGAGUUUAAAGACUAAAUAGAAAAUAUCCUGAUGCAUCUCAGUA